UCAUGUCUGGCCAGAGUACAACGAAGGACCAUUCAAGCUCAUCUGUGACGAUCUCGGCCUAGCAAAUAUGCUUGUCGACAGCAGGGAGAAGCUAAAAAUCACUGGAGUUGUCGAUUUUUGAGUGGUCGUAUACCGGCCCGGCUCAGCUACUCGGCACUGCACCCUGGUGGCUCCUCCAGGAAAGGCCAGAACUCUGGGACUUCACCCCCGACAUGAGAGCUCGGAUUCUCAGGCACUUGGGCUUAUUUAAGCGCGUUCUGGAAGAAGAAGAGAAGCACGCGCCGGAGUACCAGAGCAAGGAGCUCUCGAAGUUGGUCGAGCGAUCCGAAACCGAGGGGACGAUGUGGUACCACAUGGUCCUGCAGGGGUUCUUCCACGGUCCUGGCAGCUUGCCCUGGGAGCAGCUGAAAGACCACACUCCAGACUGGGACUUGCUUGCUGCAGGGAUUCCCGAGGAGGAUAUUCGGUCCUUUGUCGCCGCCAAGAUGGAGCACUUGAAGCUGCACGACGAGCGGCUGAAAAAGACGGAGAUCACAUACGACGAGAUGCUGGCUGGAAAGUGGUCUAUUCAAGGGUUUAUCGACGAGGUCGAAGCCCCAUACAAACAUGCUGCAGAGAUUCCUGAGGAGGGCGCUUCUGGCUUCACCUCUGCCUUCGUCUCCUCAUUCCUUCGCGGGCACGAUGAACGCCUUAGUCCAUCCAGCUUGGCUGGGCGUCCGAUGCUCGUGUUAAUCGCCUGUACGAGUGCCUCGGCGGACGAGCCCCACGACGAGGAGCCUGCCAAGACCGCCACCCUCGCUGGCGUCUGCGCUCGGUUCAACCAGCGACGAGGGAGAACAGACUCCAUGUCGACUAUUCCGGCACCCACCGCCAUUGAUGGCCGCUCGCGGGACGGGUCGUGGGGCUGCAUUUAUGGGCGCAAAUCGUAG